AUGGAACAGAAAAGUCAGAGUAAUCCUAUGUGGGUGUUUCACCAGAAGUUGAAAGCUCUGAGCCAUGCCCUAAGCCUUUGGUCCAGACAACAAUAUGGGAAAAUCGUCCAAAAAACCAAAGAAUAUGAACAAAAGGUGAAGGAUGCAGAGCUGAUCUGGGCCCAAACAAACAAUGAUGCUGACAGAAUAUCUCUCAAUGAGCUCAAGGCUCAGUAUGUUAGACAUCUGAAGGUUGAGCAAGAUGUUCUGCAACAAAAAACCCAACUGCAAUGGUUUAAAGAAGGGGAUGCCAAUUCUAGAUACUUCCACAGCUUAAUCAGAGGAAGAAGAAGGAAAUUGUACAUCCACAAAAUCAAAAAUGAAGAAGAGACCCAUCUAUGUCAGAGCUCAAGGACAUUGUUCUCCAUGAAUCCUACUAGUGCAGCAGGACCAGAUGGUAUGAAUGGGAAGUUUUACCAAGCCUGCUGGGAAGUGAUCAAGGAAGACUUACUCAAGGUGGUGCUCGCAUUUUUUAGAGGCAGUCCAAUGCCCAGAUAUAUGACCAAUGCAUGCCUUGUUCUCCUGCCCAAAGUUGAAUUCCCUAACAGUCUCACAGAAUUUAGGCCAAUCAGUCUCAGAAAUUUCAUCAACAAGAUCAUUUCCAAGGUUAUCUUUUCAAGACUUGGCCCUAUCCUUCCAAAGAUAAUCUCUGCAAAUCAAUCAGGCUUUGUUAAGGGCAGAAACAUCUCUGAAAACAUUAUGUUUGCACAAGAAAUAGUGCAUGGUAUCAAGAAGCCAACAAUGGGAUCAAAUAUGGUCAUCAAGCUUGACAUGGCUAAGGCUUAUGACAGAGUCUCCUGGAGUUUUACCUACAUUAUGCUCAGGAGAAUGGGCUUCAGUGAAAUGAUCGUUGACAUGAUCUGGAGAACAAUGUCCAAUAACUGGUAUUCAGUCAUAGUUAAUGGCACCAGAUAUCUAUUUCAUGGAUUUUAUAUGGAGAAAAGGGGACCUCAAAUUAACCGCUUGAGCUUUGCUGUUGAUAUCAUCAUUUUUACUUCUGGCAGAAGAACAUCCCUGAGGAAAAUCAUGUGGAUUCUUAGCAAUUAUGAGAGCACAUCUGGCCAACUCAUUAAUAGGCAUAAGAGUCAUUUCAUGACUGCUCCAUGUGCUAUGCCAAGUGCAGUCAGAAGAAUUCAAAGGGAGACAGGCUUCUCUGGGAAAGAUUCACCUCUCACAUACCUAGGAUGCCCUUUAUACAUAGGCAGAAGCAGAAUUAUGCACUUCAAUGGCCUUAUCUCUAAAGUUCUAGGAAGAAUCAAAGGCUGGCAUGGAAAAAUGCUUUCCGAUGGAGGCAGGGCAACCUUGAUCAAAUAUGUCCUCCAAUCCCUACCAAUUCAUCUCCUCUCAGCUGUGUCCCCUCCUAAGACUGUCAUGAAGCAAAUUGAAAGGUUGACAGCCAACUUUUUCUGGGGAAUGGAUAAGGACAAACACAAGUAUCACUGGGCAUCAUGGUUCAAACUAUCCUUCCCUCCAAAUGAAGGUGGUGUGGGUUUCAGAACCAUUCAAGACUCAUGUAAAGCCAUGAAAUUCAAGCAAUGGUGGCAAUUCAGAACAGCAAACUCUCUUUGGAGUUCAUUCCUAAAGGCAAAGUACUGUCAAACAUCAAAUCCAAUAUCCAAGAAAUGGGAUUCAGGCCAGUCACAAGCAUGGAAAAGAAUGAUGUUCAAUAAGAAAGAAGCAAAAAAAGUAAUCCAAUGGAGGCUCCACAAUGGGAAAUGCAGUUUCUGGUGGGACAAUUGGCUUGGCUCUAUGCCAAUUGCAUUCAGCAGAACUGAAGGGGGUAGACCUGGCAACACAUCAGUGUCCAAUUUCUGGAAUGAAGGUCGCUGGGAUCUCCAAAAGCUCAAUGGAACUGCACCAGCUCACAAAAUAUCAGAGAUCAUGCAGACAGCUAUAUAUUACAACCCUGAUCUCCCUGAUAAACCUAUCUGGACUCCUACUAUCAGGGGUAAGUUCACAUGUACCUCUGCAUGGGAUCUCAUCAGAAAGAAAAAACCACCCAGCUUCACAAAUAGGAGGAUCUGGUGUGUAUGCUGCUCUAUGCAUGCUUUGGAAACAGUGGAACACCUCUUCAGUUCUGGUAACUUUGCUAGGAUCAUAUGGAAAAAAUAUGGGGGUCAUGUGGGCAUCCAAACUGAGAACUUGCCUUUGAGGUUGCUCCUUAUGAAGUGGUGGAUGAUGAAGGCCUGUAAUUUUGUGCAAAAGCUCAUUCUAGAUACCCUCCCCAUCAUCAUCUGUUGGAAUUUGUGGAAAAAUAGAUGUAGUGCCAAGUAUGGAGCAAAAAACACCUCCCUAACUACGGUCCUUUACUCCAUCAACUCAGACAUCAACCUACUCCUAAGGUCCAAUUUUCCUGUCAUCCAAUGGCCUUUCAACUGGAGGGAACUCUACUCCUUCAUUGAAAACAUUCAGCAUCACACUACCAUAAUCCAAGUCAAAUGGACUAAACCAGACAAGGGCUUUGUAAAGAUCAAUUCAGAUGGAAGUGCUAUGACAAAUCCUGGAAAGAUUGGUGGAGGUGUAAUUAUUAGAGAUCAACAGGGCCACUUCAUUCAUGCAAUGACCUUUCCUUUGGGAGAGGGUACCAACAAUUAUGCUGAAACUGAAGCGGCCAGGAUAGGAGUUCAAUGGUGUUUGGACAAUGGAAUUCCCAGAGUUCAUUUAGAAGCAGAUUUUGCACUACUUGUUAGGUGGCUGACAGAGGAUAAUGAUUCUCCAUGGGUUUUGAAACAAAAGAUUUCCCACCUAAGGCUUCUGUGCUCUCAAUUUGAGGGGUUCAAAGCUUCUCAUGUAUAUAGAGAAGCAAACUGCCCUGCUGAUUCCCUCUUAAAACUUAGCCAAGACCUCAACACUCUAACAAAUUUCACCACUGCUUCCUCUCUCCCACCCCACAUCAGAGGCCAAGUUCUCCAUGACCAAUUGGGUACCCCAGCUUUCAGGCACAAGAAAACCAACAUGCUGAUAGUUCCCUUCCCUUAUGAACCUUACAUUCCUUUGUGGCUGUUUCAAGGUGUGGUAUUAGCACAUGUGCUCAUCCUCCUAAAACAACAACACAGGUCUAGUAUAGAUCAUAAAGGAAAGGAAAGUUCUCAGUAUCCAAGACCUCAUCACCUAAGUAGUCAAAGGACUGAUGCAGGUCAUAGAGAGAAGCAAAAUCCACAAGGCAUAGAACUCACUCUUCACUAUGCCUUUUUUCUAGCAUUGGCCUUCUGUACUCUUUCCCUUGCUUGUGUCACUCAACUGAUAUGGUUUUUGGGAGUGGUAUUAGCACUUCUAGUGUUCAUUCUCCUGGAACCAUACCAGCUGACACACCAACAUCAACCCCUCAGGCACAUCACCACACAAAGGCAACAGAAAAUGCAGAAAGCAGCAGUUUUACCUGAAGGCUAUCUCAUUCCAUUAUACUGCUUUACACUUCAGCCCCAACCCAAGCAACCAUACCAACCAAAUUGUUUUCAUCAUUGCUGCAGAAAUCCAAAUGCCUGUAGUAAUGCCUUUUCAACUCAGUUUCAAUUCCACAACAUGAGCAACACCUAUAAAGCUGAUUGCAGUCCACACAAGAACCUGGAGAUUGAGCUCCCUUUCACUAACAUGUUUGUUAAUUUUUGCAAGUUUUCUGAGCAGAUUUGGACAGUUUAUGUGCCUAAACUCAUCUGGGAUGCCUUCAGUACCUUCAGUGCUCAGUCAACAACAGUUUCAAAUAUGCUGCUUCAUGCUGUCUUUGAAGCAGCAACACUCACAGUACUUGGACACAAUGCAGCUGCAGCAUCUACAACAGGAAAACACUAG